CAGUGAACGAAUAUAGGAAAUUUUUUCGAUAAUUUAGAAAACAGAGAAAAUUUGUAUAUUUUGCAGACAAGAGAAACGGCAUUAAGUGAUAACCACUAAAUGUGAAGAAGCAUAAUGUUGCUUCGCAUAAACAGUGUGUAACGAUAACUGUCUAAAAAUGGUUUUAUAAAUAAACAUAAGAUGUAUUGAGGAAACAUGUGAUAAUAGGUGAUAGUAAAUGGAAAAGAUUUAAAAUUCGAAUAAAAUAAUUGAGCCAUUCCUCUCUUGUAUGUGCAUAAAGAAAUGACAAAGUGAAUAAUAAAAUUGAAUACACGCAGUACUGGUACAAAUAUACUGAGAAAAAAGCGUUAAGAUUGUGUCGAAUCGAAAAAUAAGGGAAAAUAAAAACGUGAACAAUUUUGCUGACUUCUACCAGUGAUCGGUUAAAUAAGAGUUUGGUUUUUCGAAUUUUUCUUUUCUUUUCAUUAUCGUAAAUGUGUAUUACAAUACCGUUGGAAUAAUAUAUUAAUUGGCUCGAUGUCACCUUGGGGGGCGUUUUCGCCCCCACGGAUAUGCAUCAGUGCGUAUUCUUGCUAGAGCUAAGCAAGAGAAACACUCAUCAAACAGUUGGUUGAAAUGGGACGUAAAGCACGACCUAGAGGUGCUUUUGUCUAGCUGGGGUGGCGACGUCGUUGUUGGGGACGUUUGGACUUCAGCUGUGUAACCCGACACACGUAAAACCAUCUCAGCAAAGCAAUGCAUCGUUUACGUACAACAUUUACACGAUCACGCACUCCUACUGGCGCUGAAAUGAAGACUCAAAGUAGCCUUGAGGUACCUAAACAGGUUCGGUCGGCUUCUUUCGACGAAAUUCAGUUAGACACGCAGAGAACGGUUCAAUUUCUUCGUCAACAUUCAUCGAAUGACGAAAAACCGGAUCUGUUAACCGUACCACAACAGCAUGGUGGCCAGAGAUCACGUAGCUUUGAUUCUGCCGGACAUGAUGAAGCAGCCGCACCAUUUCUGGAAGUACCAAAACGAUUUCAACGAAGAAGAUCAUCGAAUUCGAAAACUCCUCCACCAUGCGUGCAUUGCCAAUACAUGGACGAGUACGAAAAGGCGGUGGGAGCCGAACAACGUUUCUUUAUCGACCAUAUCGAAGUAAAGUCCUUAAGCUACAGUGAAAUAUCAUCCAGCGAAGACGAAUCAGAUGAGGGCCCAAAAUUCGGAAAUCUCUUACUUCCUCCACCGUCACCGGGCAUAACGUUUACUUUAUCUCCCACCAAUGGUGAUCGUCCCGAAUUUCCGCCAAUCAACGGAUCACCACCAAUAACACCAUGUUAUCCAACCUCACCAGCUAUUGAACUUGCCUUAUUUGAUGAUCCACCACCGAGCCGUGCACGUCGUCGAUCGAUUUCGCGACAAGAAGCGAUUUUCGUUGAACCGACUGGAAAUUCAUUGGAAAAUGUAACGAAAAAUUCCGAAAGUGCUGCCGAAGACGACGAACCGAACAAGAGCACGGACGGUGACAAUAACGGAUCCACUGAUUUCGUUCAAGAUAUCUAUUUAACCGUGCCGGACCUGAAACGUGACCGUGCUGCCUCCGUCGAUUCGUGCUUUUCGAAAUUGUCGUCGAGCGGAAAAACCGAAGAAUUGCAGCCGCCCGAUGGUGGUUUCACAUUGACCGUACCGGUGAACAGUUGUGCGACACGAUCUCGUUCCGUUGAUAUUGUUUUACCCACCGAUGAGCAGGCCAGAUACAAAGCGCUGGCAUUGGCUGGACCAUCAGCAGCUGCAUACAACUUGAAUAGGCGCAAAUCUGGCGAUAGUGCACGGCAAAUCCGACAAACACCUGAUUGGAGUGAAAAUGCGGUGGCAAACGAUCAUCUGUGGGUGCCGACUUCUGUGUCUGGUGAUUUCUGCUAUGUCGGUGAUAGUGAUUGUACGCGUCACGGAUCCCGUAUGAAAUGUUCAGCAUGUAAAAUAAUUGCACAUGCUAGUUGUAUAUCUGUUUUAAUGGAACGUACACAGAUGGCAUGUAAACCGACAUUUCGAGACGUGGGCGUCCGGCAGUAUCGUGAACAAACAACAACUCAUCAUCAUUGGGUACAUCGGCGAACGGAAAAGGGAAAAUGUAAACAAUGCGGAAAGUCGUUGCAAGCCAAACUUUCAUUCAGUUCGAAGGAAAUUGUUGCGUUAUCUUGUGCCUGGUGCAAGUCAUCAUAUCAUAAUAAAGAAUCGUGUUUCAAUUCAGAUCUUAUUGGAGAGGAAUGUACAUUGGGAUCUCAUUCAAACAUUAUUGUGCCGCCAUCAUGGAUAGUUAAGCUACCACGUAAAGGUAAUUUUAAGUCUUCGUUACGAAAAUCUCCGAAAAAGAAGGCAGCUGGUAAACGAAAAUCGAAGGAGAAGGAAUCAAAAACAUUUGUCAUCAAACCGAUUCCAACGGCAAAUGUGACCCCAGUUUUGGUGUUCAUCAAUCCAAAAAGUGGCGGCAAUCAGGGAGCAAAAUUGUUGCAAAAAUUUCAAUGGCUGUUGAAUCCGAGACAAGUGUUUGAUUUGACUCAAGGCGGACCAAAAUUGGGUCUGGAGAUGUUUCGCAAAGUUCCUCAGUUGAGAGUGUUGGCCUGUGGCGGUGACGGUACAGUAGGCUGGGUACUAUCCAUUCUAGAUGUAAUUGGAAUAUCACCAGCGCCGGCAGUAGGCGUUCUUCCAUUAGGAACCGGAAAUGAUUUGGCUAGAGCGCUUGGAUGGGGCGGGGGAUAUACCGACGAACCGAUUGGGAAAAUACUGUCGAACAUAGCCGAUUCAGAUACGAUACUAUUAGAUAGAUGGAGUUUAGAUGUGACACCAAAUCCAAAUGCCGAGCAACAGCACGAUGAGGGGAAAGAUAAGCUGCCUUUGAACGUAGUUAAUAAUUAUUUUUCAUUUGGCGUAGAUGCCCACAUUGCCUUAGAAUUUCAUGAAGCACGAGAGGCGCAUCCAGAGAAGUUCAACUCUCGAUUGCGCAAUAAAAUGUUUUAUGGUCAAGCUGGUGGAAAGGAUUUGUUGCGACGUAAAUGGAAAAAUCUGGCCGAUAUGGUCACACUAGAAUGCGAUGGCAAAGAUUUAACCCAUAAACUCAAGGAGCAUAAGGUGCAUGCCAUUGUGUUCCUAAAUAUUCAAAGUUAUGGCGGCGGUACGCAUCCAUGGAAUAACUCCGGCGGUCAAUAUAAACCAGCCACGGAUGAUGGAUUAAUCGAAGUGGUUGGCUUGACCACUUACCAGUUACCAUUGCUACAGGCUGGCGGCCAUGGUACUUGUAUAGCGCAAUGCAAGUCAGCAAAAAUAAUUACUUCAAAGACAAUCCCGAUGCAAGUGGAUGGUGAAGCGGCCAAGCUGAAACCGUCCAUCAUCGAGCUCAAUUUACUUAAUAAGGCUGUGAUGCUAGCAAAGAAGAAACCAGGACGUACGAAUGUUCAGUUAUCUGGAUUUGAGCCGCUUUUUGUUAGCAUACAUAAAAUUUCAAUGACUGAUUACGAACAAUAUCACUACGAUAAGGAUCGCCUCAGUCAAUCAGCAAUUAAUCUUGGAAAUAUCGAAGUAAAUCCCAUAUCCGAUUUGGAGCAAAUAAGAAAUGUAAUUAACAAAUUCUGUGAUGAAAUACCCGAAUCUCCGAAGCUGUCGGCCGACUGGUGUUUUGUAGACUCCUGUACUGCUGAACGCUUCUUUCGAGUGGAUCGAGCUCAAGAGCAUUUGCAUUACGUGACGGACAUUGCCAAUGAAAUUAUCUUCAUCCUAGACUCCGAUUCUCCGACAAUGCCACAAACGCCCGACGACGAUGGAUUAGCGUCGCCUAGUUCAUUGCUUCGGAAACACACGAACUACAGCUCGGAAUCGAGUGAAAAUCUGGACAAAGAAUCUCGUGAGGGAACGCCGUCGACACCGAAUAAACAAUUUUUCAACCGGUCGCUGUCCGGUCCGGGUUCGGGUGCCACAUCCGAUUCGUUGUCACCGUGCGCGGAUUGUACAUCCAGAAAAUGCUCGCAGGCAUCGCAAAGUUCGCAGGGAUCGCAGAACAACGAUUCCUUGACCGUUAGUAGAGAUGAUCUGUUAGGCGGUGAACGACAAAUGGAACCAGUGGUCAAUUUUAAACGCUUCCACGAACGACUAUUUGGUCUCACUAACGAAGACGCUUUCGGACACAGUAAUCUGUUGGAGAAAACUACGGAUGGAAUCAUAAAGGCAGCUAAAGUGGGAGAUCUGUUGGCGCUCAAAGAUCUGCACUCGCAAGGAUAUUCACUUCUAUCUAUUGACGCUACUGGUCAAACAGCCCUACAUUAUGGAAGUAAAUACGGCCAUCGUGAUAUCGUCAAAUAUCUCAUAGCAUACGCACCAAACUCCAUAGUAAACAUGGUCGACAAUGCCAAAGGUCAGACAGCAUUACACAAAGCAGCUGGCAGUAAGCAGCGAGGUAUUUGUUAUAUGUUAGUAGCAGCCGGUGCCAGUUUGACAAUGAAGGAUUCCGAAGGACUGACACCAAUGAUGCAAGCAUUUGCAGCUGAUGAUCACGAUUUGGCUGCUUAUUUGGAAAGUCAAGAAAAAUUUCUGCAAAUGGACUAUGGGACAAGUAUUUAAAGCGGGGACAUUGAUAGUGUUGAUUUUAUGUUUUUAUGUUUCGGUCAAAAUUAGAUGUUUGAAAUCUUUUUUCUUUUUUGUCAAGUGUUUUUUGUUUCCAGUUUUUUUUUUCAAUAAUUUUCAUUUAACUUUUUGACACAUUGUCCCAAUAAUCAUUUAAUAUAAUUUAUCAUUAGACUGUGAGUAUGGAAUAGCAUUUCUAAUUAUUAUUUUUGCCAUAAUGUUAAGGUAAUUCCGAAAAAAAAUUAUUCUACAAAAUCAAAAAAUUAAUAAAAAUCUACAGAACGUAAGUCUAUUUAUCAGUUCAGUGCAAUAGAUAUUUACACAAAAAAAGAAAAGAAAGAAAAUGCAAUGGAGUCUCUCUGCGACGCAGUCAUUUUGAAAUUCUCGAAAUUUGCAGGCCCAUAACCUGUAACGAAUUUCGACAUUCUCCCGACACAUUUCGUUCUACAGAGACUCCACUGUAAUUGACUCAACAUUCGAUUGUAAUAUUGCCAAUGAACGGCUUUUUAGGGGCGAAAAUAGUGAUUGAUGAAAAGUUUCUUAUAAAAAUCAAACUAAAUUACAAAAUUAAAAUCUACGGAACAUGGACGAAAUGAAGACGGACGCAAAAUAUUGUUGUAACUUCUUUUUGAACAUAGCAUAGCAAAAAGAAAAUUUCUGUAAAUUGUUCAGUGUAAAUAUCCUUAAGAGGCGUCUACAUUUGGAGGUUUAGUGUUUUGAAUAUAAUAGAAAUUGAGAAAUUAAAAAAAGUGAAAAAUUUUUGUAUUCAAAAGAACUAAUUAUGAAUCACAUUUAGCUAGGUAGAUUAGUUGUUCUAAUUCUCGUAAUUAUUCGAAAAUAAUUAGUUUAGCGUCAGUCCGAGCAGAGGUAGAAUAAAAUAGAGGAGGAGGAAGAAGAAGAAAAGUUUUAAUUUGACAUAUCAUUGACCGAUAAUACACCGAGUUACAUUCCAAUAUUAUUCUACAAUAAGUAUGAAAGGGUGAUACAAAACAAAGCCAUUGGAUAAUUAUUAAUUUAAAAAAAAAGAGGAAGAAGAUUUGGAUAUAUUUCUUCCUCUUCGUUUGUAAAUUCAAUAAAAAAUUUAUUUUCGUUCAAUUCCUAAUUUAACGAUGUGUAGAUAGAGAAUUCCAGUCAAAGAACACUAAAAAUUUAAAUUUAAGUACAGUGGAUCUCUGAAGAGGAAAAUCCGUCCAAAAGAAGAAGAAGAAGAAACAUUUGUCACUAAAGACGAAUCAGUUAAAUGCGAUAGGAGUAGGUAAUCAUCUUAUCAACAGAAAACAAAUGAAAAACGAAAACAGCAGACAAUUAGGGGUGGAGUUUGUCAUUCACAGUCCCAUACAGUACAGAUUGGAGAUAUCAUUUUAAGAGACUCUUAACGUUGUGAGUUUUCAAUGAUGUUCCAGCCGUUAGAGUAUAGAAGUAAAUUUCAGUUUUCACUGCGUUCCAUCGUAAAAUAUUUGUGGAUCAGGAAGACUUAUUGUGUCAACAUCAGUGACUAUUUUCGAGAAACAAAUAUCUUGAAUUUUUCAAAAAAUGAAAUUCGUGAACUUUGUUUCUCGAAAAUAGACCCUGAUCAACGUAGAAGUUACACUCGCGACAACUUCCUGUUGUUUUUUUAUUCAAUAAGUUAAAUUCCCGUAAAUAUUUUCGUGGACUAAUUUUGCACGAUCACUCGCAUUUCUGUCACAGUUCCGUUGGAAAAUAUUACUUCACGAAGUUUUUCCAUGUGGAACAGUGAUUGCGUGUCUUAAUUUUCUGGAAUUUACAGAUCGCGCUCUACGCCUUCGUGAGAGAAUCGAGUCAUCAAACUUUCUCACUGAAUUAGGAUUCUUUGUAGACUUUUCAUGUACACAUUUCGCUUAGCAAAAGAAAACCGUGAUUCUUUCAAGUGUUGGCAUUACGUGCCGAUUGACUAUUGACGGUGUUCACUUUUCUUUGAGCUCAAGCGUUUAAUGAUUCUACGAUGGAACAAUUUUCACGUCUAGCUCUGACGUUCCUCAAGUGGAAAACUCAACACUCUAACCCAGGAAUUACCUCCCAAUUUAUUGUAAAUGACUAUCACACCUGGCAGUCACACCUAAAAUGCUUCUUUUGAAUAGUUUAGGGAAAGGGGAUGUUAAACCGAAAAUCUGUAAAUAUAGGGAGUAGAAGUGGAAUAGGAAUGUCUGAGAACAGUGGGUAUUCCCAGUGUAAAAAGUGUUCACGUUUUGCGUGAAAAUGACUACCGAGCAAUCAAAAUAUCGCAUCCAGUUGUUUCUUUUCUGUUAAUAAAGAUAGUGACCUCACUGACAGCUUGCACUAUAUAAAAGUUGUAGUUUGAUUUGAAAGUAACCAACAAAAAAAAAGAGAAAAUUGUAAAAGAAACUUCUGAUGUAAAUAUAAAAGUAUUCUAUAGAAAACCAUACACAUAAAAUUACUGAUUACAUUUAUAAAGUGAAAGAAAAAGAAAUAUAUUUUUAUAGUUAACAAAUGAAAAAGUAAAAUUUGAAUUCUCAUAAAUGUAAAAAAAUUUAAAAUAAACAAAUAAGAAACAAAGAAUUGAAACUAAUAUUGAAAAUAACAUUGAAAGAAUUUGUCAAUUAUCAGAAAUAAAAGUUUAAAAAAUUAAAUAAAUAUUUCGUGUAUUUACGACGAGUGUAUCUAUAGGCUAAAAGAAAUUAAAAAUGAAACAUGCAAUGUAAUAAUGCAAAAAAAAAACAACUAUUUUCUUGUGAAUUUAAACUGUAAAUAAAUAAUUGAAAAGUAAUCGCAAUUUCAAUGUGAAAAGUUUAAAGAAUUUUUCGUUUCUUUAUUUUCAAAAAUCACCAACUUGAUACUUUACCUGUUUGUGCCCCUUGAUUUUGUAUCAACUUUAGUGAUUUUUGGGUGCUUGUAAAUAGGAAAAUAAAU